AAACCCUAUACACAAAAAUAACAAAGAAAGAGGCGUCGAGAAAGAGAAGCAGACGAGGAAGAGGAGGCAAGCAUUUUCGGUUAAACUUAGGGUUUUAGUACAAACCCCACUUUGUAUAUGUAGAUUGCUGAAGGAGCUCUGUUAAAAAUCAUCAAGGCUGAUGAUGAUGAUGAACGGUGCAAGGGUUUUACAGAUACCCUGAUGAUGAAAAAUAGGUUUAAAGAUGAGAUUUUUUUAUUGUUACAAGGGGUUUAUAUCUAUACCUUUCAUGUUAGUGGAGAACCCAAAUUAGUGGUGAAACCAAUACCGAAUGAAGUUAGUUAAUGUUGUUCAUUACUCGUUGUCCCUGCCUUAUCUUCUUCCCUGUCGAAGCAAAGGUGUUCCCAAAAUGAUUAAAAGGCAAUUUUACAAGCAAGACCAUGACAAUGAUAAAGACGAUAUAUCUGAUUCCUCUUCGGACUCAGAGUCAGAAGAAGAAGUCUCAGAGGCCGAACAAGAAGAAGAAGAGCAAGAAGAAGACGAAGAUUCUGAUGUAGUUGCAGAAGCUAAGGAAGAUGAGCAACCUUCUUCAUUGUCUACUGGUUCAGGCUACAAUAGUGAGGAAAGCUCAGCGGAAGAGGUUGAUUUUGACUCAUCAGGUUCAGUAUUAAACGAUGACGAAGAAGAAGAAAGUAGCAAAGACAAAACUAAGGAUAGUCAAUCAUUGAGUAAAAGAACUGCGACGAAAGAUCCUAUUGACGCUGUUUUUGCAAUGCGUACCUUAAAAUGUAAAUCAGUUUACAAGUGUAGGCUCUGCCCAAGGAUAGUCUGUUUGUCUGAGGAAACAAUGAAGGCACACCUAACAUCCAAGAAACAUGCUCGUUCUGAGAAAUUAUUAACUGAAGGGAGGCUGAAGUUCAUGCUAAACAGUGAUGGUGAAGCCGAGGAAGAACCAGAAACCCAUGCCGAAAGACACGCCCGAACAUUAGCUAUUGCACAGGAUUUAACAAGUAAGGUGCCUUGUCCUUCUUCAAAGAAGAAAAAUCGGAAGAGUCAGCGACAUAGAAUCAGAUUAAAGAGGAAGAGGAAGGAGUCUGGAGAUGUCCCUGGCAAAGAAAAAGAGGAUCAGUCGGUGAAAAAGCAAGACAAAGAAAAAGAGAAGCAGUCCGAGAAAAAGCAAGCUAAGAAAAGGCGUAAAAACAAAGACUAAAAUUGAAAGUUUUUCUCAUUUUUGUACUGAGCAAUGGAUGAAAAUGAAACAGGUGGAUUAGUUCCUGUACUUUUUUGAGGUACUUAACAUUGGAUAGCCUGUUUAAUCACUUGAUUGUUGCAGUAAGAUGUAUUUGUUUCCAUGUUAAGGUUUCAUGUUCAGAAAAUACUCCUCUAUGUACUGUUUGAUGAUGUCUCUUGGUUAGUGUUUCUUGAGUGUUUUCCUACAUUUUGAUCGUCCAACAAAA